ACUUGACAGAUCWCUUUCAGUAAAACGCAAAAAGGGAAAAUGUUUAAGCGCACUUCCUACAUUGUAAUCUUCUUACUAUUGCUAAUACAGCUUAUUUCAUGCUUACCAAGAUCAUCUUCCUCCGAUUCAAUCGAAUCCAUAUUAACUGGAAUUACAACGAUAACUCCAUCAGUAGGUGAAAUUGAAGUGUCAAGCGGUCACAAUAGCUUUGAGGAUGCGUUCCACAAAGGCUUAAUAAAUUUUCAAAAUUUUCGUCUGCAACGAACCAAUCAAAUAGUCAAAGAUGUGCUAGCUGAUCCUUCUAUGUAUAGUAUUGAUAGUGAAGCCAUGCAGAAAGAAUUAAGUCUACUUAGAAAGUAUGUGACAGACUCUAACGAAGCAUUAAAUAAGGUUCUGCCUGCCGACCAGUUUGGUCCGUACACUCGUUUCCUCUUUGCAGGCGAUAAAGAUGUUGUCAUUCAACGCUUCGACAGAUUUAAUCGGUCACAUGCUUCUAAGACCGAACCACUUACACCGGAACAGCGGGUAAUAGGGGAUGCUUUAAAGAAACGUGGCGUGUUGGAGUACGAUAAAGAGGUGGAUAAACGUUAUAAAGAAUACUUACACUACUUGGUAAAUGAAUUCGAAAUAUAUGUGAAAACACUCUCAGCCGCAGAAAAAGAGAAGGAUAAAGAUAUGAAAGAUAUGAUGGCGGCAUGGAAUGCAUAUACAAAGCAUGAGCGGGGAAUGGAUAAAACUGCUUUUGGGCAAAGAUUAUUUCAAAUAAAUUGGAAGUUAUAAUAAACAUUGAUAAGGCCCUUAAGAGACCGAAGAAAUACUGUUUUUGGAAACUGGCA